GCAAGUGAAAUUCAAAGAUUUUCAGAUUUUCCAUUGUCAAAGAAAACCCUAAAAGGAUUGCAGGAAGCUCAGUAUCGCAUGGUAACAGAGAUACAGAGGCAAACCAUAGGUUUGGCUUUACAAGGUAAAGAUGUACUUGGAGCUGCAAAGACUGGAUCAGGCAAAACCUUGGCUUUUAUUAUCCCAGCUUUGGAGCUCCUGUAUCGCCAUCAGUGGACUUCAGCUGAUGGACUGGGAGUUUUGAUAAUAUCACCCACCCGGGAACUGGCAUAUCAAACCUUCAAGGUUCUACGUAAAGUGGGAAAGAAUCAUGAGUUCUCAGCUGGCCUUAUCAUUGGAGGAAAGGAUCUGAAAGAAGAGUCUGAAAGAAUCCACCACAUAAAUAUGCUGAUUUGCACUCCAGGACGGCUUCUACAGCACAUGGAUGAAACUUCAUAUUUCUAUGCAUCUGAUCUGCAAAUGUUGAUUCUUGAUGAAGCUGAUAGAAUUCUAGACAUGGGAUUUGCUGAUACAAUGAAUGCAAUCUUAGAAAAUCUACCUAAGAAACGCCAGACCUUGCUUUUUUCUGCAACACAAACAAAAUCAGUGAAAGAUCUUGCACGGCUGAGUCUGAAAGAUCCAGAAUAUGUGUGGGUUCAUGAGAAAGCCAAGUUCAGUACCCCGGCAACUUUGGAUCAGAACUAUGUUGUAUGUGAACUUCAGCAAAAAGUAAACAUGUUAUACUCUUUCCUGAGAAGUCACUUGAAAAAGAAGAGCAUUGUUUUUUUUGCAAGCUGUAAAGAGGUCCAGUAUUUAUUCAGAGUGUUCUGUAAGCUUCAGCCUGGUCUUCCUGUAUUAGCACUCCAUGGCAAGCAGCACCAGAUGAAGAGAAUGGAAGUCUACACUUGUUUUGUUCGGAAAAAGGCGGCAGUACUUUUUGCUACAGAUAUUGCAGCUCGUGGCCUGGAUUUUCCAGCAGUGAACUGGGUUAUUCAGUUUGAUUGUCCAGAAGAUGCAAACACCUACAUCCACAGAGUGGGAAGAACAGCCAGAUACAAAGAAGGUGGUGAAGCUUUGUUAGUAUUGCUUCCCUCAGAGGAAAAAGGCAUGGUGGAACAGCUGGCGCAGAGGAAAGUGCCUAUCAGUGAAAUCAAAAUUAAUCCUGAAAAACUUACAGACAUCCAAAAGAGGAUGCAAGCUUUCUUAGCUCAAGAUCAGGAGUUAAAAGACAAAGCUCAAAGGGUGAGUCAUCUGCUGCACUAUAGUUCUUGA